AUUGCUAAUAUUUUUGCCAAUCUACUGUGGCGCUAAACCAUGGUAGAGUUUUAUUCAAAGGUAAUUUCUUUUUUCCUCUCUCUUUCUCUUCUUUGCUAUAUACUUGCUAAUCAUUUAGAAAGACCAGCACUUUGAUGCUUCACAGUCAGAUUUUCAGAAAGCUGUUAGAUUUCCCACAAAACCGCACUUCCUGUUAGCAGGAGAUGGUAAACUAGGUGUCAGGCAGUGAUGCUAGCUGGCCUUGCCAGCUCUGGAUCAGUGGAUUGGGUGAUGUGUGUGUGUGUGUGAGCGAGGUCAAGGCAAGACAGUGACGUCCAUUUAAAUCACUGGACAGUGUCAGAGACGUGUUUUCAGACCAUGCUGCGUUUGCGUCUGCUAGCGCUGAGGUGGUUCUUAGCUAUAUUUGUCCUGGAGUUUUAGGAACAAGAGCUUUCAUUCUUAUUGGCACAUGACACACCAUGACACACUGAACUCCAGUCACUGAGACAAAUCCCCAGCUCCUGAACACCUUGAGCCUUGACCCUGAGAAGUCAGCUGUCAUACUGCUCUCACAUCACCAUGGCACACGUCAGCUGCACUCUGCCUGGCAGAACAUCCAGUUCCUUUCCUCACAGUCCUGCAGCUUCGUGUCUGAGUCCCUGGAGGUACGCAGGUACAUUGCGUGCUUGGUGAGAGGUCCAGAAGUCCUGCUGUGGUGGAUCACCACCACCACCCAAAUGUUCGACAAUCAUUGGGGAGCCUUUAACUCCACCACUCAGGAGACCUCGAUCACCUGCAUACAGUGAGUCUGCGGGAGCUUGAGAACGCUGGUGUCCUGCCAUCACGAGGAGACGACCAUCCACGUGUCUUACGAGGAUUGCGAGCAAACCAUUUACCAGGUGAGUCGCUCGUACCUUUGCGUGGACGUGGACGGUCAGGUGGACAUGUCCCAUGAGGAGGAAGGACGUUUCUUCACUCCUCAUGCUGACUCUGACGUUCAGUCAGAAUUUGAGGAAAGUGACAUGGAACGUCCACCUGAGGAGCAGGAGGUGCCCUUCAUUGUCUUGUACCUCACAGGCCGUGGCAUAACAGACCUCGUCCUGAAGCUGCCUGCUGUCCGCGAGGUGUUCUCUAGGAUGAUGGCGAGCAUCCAUAACAAGAGCUUCUUGUACGUGGCUGGCAAGCAGAUCUUGAUGCUUCUGGCAGCAGCCAACAAACAGGAUCCCCGCGGUGUACAGAGGGCAUACGACGAGAUGAUCCAAUUCCUGAGAGAACCAUCCUAUCAGGAAAUGAUUGAGGCGGAGGUGCUCGAUGCUCAGCUGUACCACUUCAACCUGCUGGAUGUGUUCUUCGAACUCGUCUUCUUCAGCUGCUUAAUCAACGGCUUGGCGCCUGAAGCUUCGGACGGGGGAUUCUUGCAGCAUGUGUUCAAUAUGAACAGCCAGUGGGAUGUGGACAUCAGGGAGCCUGAAGCAGAGUAGCUCUUUUUGCUGCUUUCCUUAAAGCUGACAAUGCUGCUUGAGGAACUGUUCUCGCAGCCUCUGGACCUGUACAGUGACCCAGCAGCUUUAGCCACCGCGGUGCUACGACUGGUGAAGGACCGUGUUCAGGAGAUGCUAAAGGCCAUGGCGGGAGUCUGAGCAACACCACACUCCUCUUGCACAUACAUACAUACACACACGCAUACACACACACACACCUGUCCCUGUUUUCUUUCCCUUUCUUUCUCUUUCUCUUCAUUUUACCAUCUUUACAGGUAAGUACUUAUUACGCUGUCUUACUGUGUACACAUUUAAACAUGUCUUUCUUUUCUUCUCUCCCUGAGCAGCUACACAAUACACACCAUCGAUGGCCUGGCCUGUAACAACAACAACAUCUGUUAGUUUGCUCUCCGACUGCACGAACACCUGCAGCUCCAACGCCAGUAUCUUUUUUUUUAGUUAAUCUUGGUAUAGAUUUUAUAAGAUUUUUCUUAGUAUAGUAUAAUAUUUAUUAACGAUCUUGUAUUCUAUUUAUUAAGAUUUUAGUAUUCCAUUUAUUAGAUAUUUAAGUUUUUUUGUAUUUUUAAUUGAAUUUUUUAAUGUUUUUAUUACAGAUUUUUGUAAGUGUAUUUUAUGUAUUUAAUUAUAUUCUAAUAAAAAUUUUAAGCAUAUAUUUCAGGCUUCAUUGUGAUCAUUUACAACCCUGCUUAAGCUCAUGAGGCGCAUGUGGAGGGGAACCAAGCGAUCACGAACUACAAGACAGCUUCACCUGCCUGUGAUAGUGACAUCUCCCACCCAGAUGCGCUGUACAUUUUCUGCGCUCGGUUUGAGGUGCAGAACAACAUUGUGUAAAGGAAGACCAUCCCUCACCCCAACGAUACGGUACUCUGUCUAUCCAUGGCCGAAGUGAGCAGAGUUAAUCCAUGGAAGGCUGCUGGACCAGACCACAUUCCUGGCAGGAUGCUCAAGGAAUGUGCAAAACCGAGAGCAUCGUGAGCAGCUGCAUCACUGUCUGGUUUGGGAACUGCACCAUCUCGGAUCGCAAGACCCUGCAGCGGAUAGUGAGGACAGCUGGGAAAAUCUUUGGGAGUCUCUUUCCUCUCUAACGGACAUUUACACCACGCGUUGCAUCUGCAAAGCUAACAGCAUUGUGGAUGACCUCACACACUCUUCUCCCUCCUGCCGUCUGGGCAUGCGGGCCCCUCACGACCAGACUGCGCAACAGUUUCUUACCACAAGCCAUCAGACUCCUCAAUGACUAAACUGAACUGUACUGAGCACCAUACACACAUGCACACGCACACGUAUGGCCCGAUCUGCACCAAAUACACAGUCUUCCAAUAUACAUCCAUGUCUACAGCACCAUCCAUUUCACGCUGUUUACCUGCUGUUUUGCACAUUUUCAUUACAAUACAUCAUACAACUGCUGAUAUUAAGUGUUCAUUCCAGUAUUUUUGCAAAUGUACAGUAAAGUAUACAGUAUGUAAUCUGGUCUGCACUGCUUUUGUCUUGCACCAGGUUGCACAGAUUGCACUUUAUGUGGCUAAGAUAAACUUACUUAAGUCCUUA